GGCGUGUGUAAAAGCAGGGCAGGAUGUGCAGGGUGUUAGGCGUGCAAGAGCGUGUCCCAACCACCUUUUACGUUCAACUCGACAGUGCCACACAUUUACAACAUUUACGACAACACUGUCGUUUUGAUCAUUUAACCGGAAAAGAUGAAUUCAAGUAAGGCCGCGGUGGCUUCAAGGAUCCUGGGCAAAGGUCCUGAAUACCUUCGCAAACAAAUCGAUCGAGAAGUAGAAAGCAAAGGGCGCCCGAGUGCCGCGGAAAGGCUGGCUGCCAGCAAACAGCAGUACGUGAAGAGUCCGCAGCUGAUCGCCUCGGAGAAGGAGCCGGAACCGCUGCUGACGUUCAGUUUGGCCUCUGCGAGCAGCAGCGACUCCUCAAGCAGGAGCUCGAGUCCGAGCGCAGGUGACAAGUUGCGGAUCCCCACACUGCAGAGCGGCGACGGUGCGAGAAGGGAAGCCGCCGCCAUCGCACGGCCGGGCAGCUCCAAGAGGCAGCGACCGGAUUCUCUCCUGGUGCACCGGCAGAGGUGCGAGAACGCAAAAGGGUCGCGAACUGAGAACGCCAAGGGGACGUUCGUGCGACGGCUGUUUCCUGGCUCCCAAAAGGACAAGAUAAGCGUGUGUCCCGGGGCAGCUGUGAAGGAAUGCGACCCAGGAAAAGUGAGCAAACCUGUGCAGAAUGAGAAGCCCGAGAUCAAGGCUAGACUGCGGCUCCCCGACGACCAUGGCCACGUUCCACCCCAGGGAGCUAAACCCAGGAAUACGGUCCUCCGAUCGCAUUCGGACAUAAGUUCCAGGUAUUCGAGAAACUUCUCCGAGUUUGAAACAUUCUUCAAGUACUGCGGACUGGACGGCGACGUUAUCGAGACCCUGGGGAAGGAGAACUUUUCUGUGCCUUCGAAUGAGCAGAGCGAUCGCACCAGGAGCGUCAGCGAGUCUCAGACUGACGACGGCUUUUCGUGCAAAAGCGAUGAGAGCGACGGACUCUUAGAGGAAGAACUCGCCGAAAAAAGUCGCCAGAAUACGUCCAUAGUCGAGCGCAAUGCCCGAAUCAUUAAAUGGUUGUACAGCUGCAAAAAUGCCAAUGAAUCGGGAAAAGUAUUACGAGACCUUCAGUAAACUUGUUUGAAUGUAUUUUACUUAGAGUUCAAACACACAGUAGGCCUAAUAUUUGCGCUAAUUGGUACUAUUUUUAUCCCAUCAGCAUAUGGCAGGCGAACUGUAAAUACAAAACCAUUCAUGUGGGCUUACUUCGGGAGGAGCGCAUCAUCCCCGCGCUCACCGGAGUAAAGUGUCCAUGAGCGGCGUAAAUCACUGUAAUGUUCGCUUUACCGGCUACUCCACUGUGAAAUUAGGUAGCAGACGUGUUCAGCGUCAUCAGCUUGUAGGCCUAGAAGAUAAGCACAAACUUUGUAAUCGGCCUGUUGCCGUACUGACUGGCCUUGUGAUAAGUUUUGGUUUUUGCUUUUGUAUUUCCUGGAGUAUGGACUAUAAAUUACGUUUGUUAAAAACGUCUGUAUGUAAUGCAGUCUAGCGCGAUAUUGUUUCUCUAUACAGAAUUUUCUGUUGCACACGCAACACGACAGUCUACACUCAAAAAUAAGGUUUUAAGAAAUUGUCUUUAGAAUUAUAUAUCUAAUUAAAUAAUCAAAUUAAAAGAUAUGGCGUUUAAAUAAUAAUUGCACUCCUUCAUGUUACAAUAUCAAACAUGGAUAAUACAUUUGCCAUAAUAGGAAAUGUUUCAUUCAUUUCAAUUGUAAACGUCUGUGGUGCAAUUCAGAAUGAAUACAGACGGGAUAACAUGAAACAUGUCCCAUGCCAGGAUUGUUAUUGAUAUCACUAGGUUAAUAAAAACACUAUAAUCUGUU